UUAGGAGGGAAUAUUUUAUACGUUUACAAAAUAAAACUGAAUUAAUUGUAGCAAAAACACAAUAAUUCAAUUAAUUACAAUGUCUAAUGACAAACGCACUGUAUAUGUGGGUGCUUUAUCCGAUGAGGUAACGGAAAAACUAAUAAAUGAUGCAUUUAUACCAUUUGGUGAUAUAGCAGACAUACAAAUUCCAGUGGAUUAUGAAUCGCAGAAGCAUCGAGGUUUUGCUUUCAUAGAAUAUGAAUCCGCCGAAGAUGCUGCUGCCGCAAUAGAUAAUAUGAAUGAUGCUGAACUUUGUGGUCGCACAAUACGUGUGAAUUUAGCCAAACCGGUGCGCAUUAAGGAAGGUAGCUUCAAACCAGUUUGGGCUGAUGACGAUUGGCUGCAAAAACAUGCUGGUGCUACCCUUAACGAAAAUAAUGAUAAUGAAGCGGUCGUUACUGAAACAGUUCCAAUGGAAACUGAAGAAACGAAAACGCCUUCUACCGGUCCUGCAGUAAUAGAAAAGUCUGAAAAGCGUAAUCCUCAGGUGUUCUUUGAUAUACGUAUUGGUGGCAACGAUGCAGGCCGUAUAGUAAUGCUUUUGCGGGCCGAUGUUGUACCAAAAACAGCAGAAAAUUUUAGAGCUUUAUGUACGAAUGAGCAUGGUUUUGGUUAUAAGGGUAGUACAUUUCAUCGUGUCAUACCUGAGUUUAUGUGCCAGGGCGGAGACUUUACUAAUAACAAUGGUACUGGCGGCAAAUCAAUUUAUGGUAAAAAGUUUUCAGAUGAAAAUUUUACAUUGAAGCAUAAUGGCUUUGGGACAUUAUCAAUGGCCAAUUCUGGUCCAAAUACAAAUGGUUCACAAUUUUUCAUCUGUACCACAAAAACUGAUUGGUUGGAUAAUAAACACGUUGUAUUUGGGCAUGUAAUAAGUGGAGCUGAUGUAGUACGCAAAAUUGAACGUUGUGGCUCAAAGGCUGGUACUCCCUCACAAAAAGUUGUGGUAUAUUCUUGCGGAGAAUUAAAAUAAAAUUGUAAACGGAA